AUGAGUAGCUUUUUCGGCAGCAGACGAGCUGGCAACCAGCAGUGCCGCUCCGGGCAGCAAUGCAGCCAUGGCAACUGCUCCUCCGCCAACGCCUCGGCCUCCUUUCCCGCCGGGGGCGCUCUCGGCCAACCCCAAGGCAGCAACGCCACCACCGUGCAACCGGGCAUGGAACUGAUGCCGACUUUGCAGCAGCAGCCUGGCGGGCUUGCCGGGCUGCCCGUAGGCGGCGGUGCCGGUGCCGGAGGGCUCAUGGGCGUAGGCAACAUCGAGGAGAGCCUGAAAGGAGCGCCGCCCGAUGUAUUGGCCGCAGCGGAGCGGCUCUCCUUGAUUGCUCCGAUGAUGGCCGGGGCAGGGGCGGGCGGCGGCGGCGGCGUUAUGGACAUGGACGGUAUGGCCAACGUUGUGAGGACGGCGCCUGGGGCGGAGAGCACGGACACCGGCGCUCUGAGUGAGGCAACGAUUGCCAGCCAGCUGCUCGUGGCGGUGCGCACAAGGGAUGUGGCCACCCUGAGACGGCUGUGCUCCAGCACGUCCGAGCACCUGCCCGCCGCUCUAAAGAGGAGGGACGGCCAGGGGCAUACCCUCAUGCACUGGGCGGCGAAGUCCGGGGACGUGGCGAUGCUCGAGCUCUUGGCUAAUGCGGGGUGCCCCCCAAACGAGUUUAGCAAGGACCCCGUGGGUAUGUCUCCACUUCACUGGGCGGCCACGGAGGGGAGGCUAAGAGCGUCGGCAUGGCUUCUCGGGCCCGGAGGCGCGGACCCAGAAGGCCGCGAUAACCAGGGUUGCACGGCACUCGUCAUCGCGGCGCAGUACGGCUUCGUGGAGCUGGUGAUAUACUUGAGCAAUCACGGCUGUGACCCGGCGUCCGUCGAUAGCGUGGGAGACUCCGCGUUGCACUGGGCAGCCUACAAAGGUCAUGUUCAGGUGCUGUCGAUGCUGGUGAAGGCCGGUCAGGACCCCGAGGGAGAGGACGUGUACGGCCAGACUCCGCUGCACCUUGCCGCUCUGAGGGGGAACCGAGAUGCGGCGGAAUACCUUGUCUUCGAGGCAAAGGCUAACGUGAACGCCAGAGAUAAGAAGAACGAGACGCCGCUGGACCUCGCUCUCAAGAAGAAGCAGUCUUCCAUGGAGCUGUUCUUGCGCACCAGUGGAGCCGGGCAGUCUUGGCUAAGCCCCGCCGUGUUCCUCAAGCUUGCGCGCACUCCCACGUUGUGGAGGGCGGCGUGCGAGACGGGGGAGGGGCUGCAGGGGGCCGGUUGGCCUUUGCCUCUCAACCUCGUCUUGAUGGGUUUCGCGAUGUGGGUGACGACGCAGCGAUUCUUCGGAGAGGAGUUUCUGUCUCUGGGCCACGACAUGCUGCUGCUGGUGUCCACGGUGUCGCAGCUGUUGUUGUGGCUGUCUUUCUUCCUGACGUGGGUGUCGAACCCGGGGUUCGUGGACCCGACGGACCCUAAGGUUUCGUUUGCGUUCCACCGCCGAGUACGCGUUUUGACGGGAAAGAAGGCGGACCACGACCACGACUCCGACGACGACCUUGACGUCGAAGACCCGACGUCUAGCUUGAUGAGGCUCGAGAGCGGGGCCGGCUCGGUGUCGAGCUCGGCGUGCUACACGUGCGCGAUCGAGAGGCCCCUGCGGUCGCGGCACUGCAGGAACUGCCGCCGGUGCGUGAGGGCCUUCGACCACCACUGCCCGUUCGUCGGGAACUGCGUGGGCGCGGGCAACUACCGGUGGUUCUUCUUGUACGUCAUCUUCCUCGUGGCGAGCACCGUGUCCUACACAAUCAUGUGCGUGGACUGGAUGUGGCACAUAGGCUUGAGCUGGGCGGUGGUGGUGUCUGGAUCGUACUCGUUCCUCUUCGCCGGCUUCGGGAUUUUGCUCUUCAUGUAUCACGCCCAACUCAUCAGGCAGAACCUCACCACCAGCGAGCAUCACAUGAUGGGGCGGGUAGACUACCUCUUAGCGCCCAACUACAGCGGUCAGUACCACAACCCAUUCGACCAGGGCUGCAUGGCCAACUGCGUCGCUCGGUUCUCGGGCACGCACGAUACGCCCCCGCCUGGCCUGGUCGCCCGGUUGAGGGCGUCUGGGGGUGGUCUAGGGGAUACCAGCAGCGGUGUCAUGUGACGCGACAACCUGGCUUGAUGAUUGAUGAUGAUGUCACUGCUGACAGUCGGGUAGGGGCUGUACCCGUACUGCCGGAGAGCUGCCGGGCACGAGCAGUGUGUUGUGCGGGGGGGGUAGUUACCCAAGGCCCGCCCUUUGUCGUUCGUUGCGUCAGAAGACUCCUCUGGCGGGCGGUUACAAACUUUUGGCGGGGUAUAUUAGCGUCAAGGGGUGCCGCUUUGUUUUUGUGCGACAAAGACAAAAUCCGGCAAAUUCUGUACUAUGUUAGUAAGUCACUCCCCUUCGUGCUGUCCGCCUGUGUGUGUAUCUUGUGUGCGGGCCGGUGUACUGUAUGACCGGUGCAGACGCUGUUGCGUCUUGUGGUGGGAUAAUGCAUGAGGUUUGCCGGGCGGGCAAUUUGGAGGUGCCUUUGUUUGUAGGUAAUUUUAAGAGUACAGUCCAGUAGUGGUCGAGAGGUUCCUGCGCGUUGAAGCCAGCUGAGUCGUCCUAGUAGAAGACCGUCUGUCUAAGCAACGACGUGGUUUGAUUUGAAAGUCAUACUGCGACCAUUUGUCCCCAUGGGUGUUGAUGGCAGACUUCAAGCCAAGCGUGUAUGGGACAAGCUAGUUCUGACCCUCAAGUGCUGAUUGGACGAUGAAUAUCAGCCCGGGGUAGCCCCGGCCUCAACCGAAGCCCUUUUCCUUUUU